CCGCACACUCGGAGAUACCCUAAACUACUCUGAUGAAUCUGGCCAACCAUUUGAGAACUGGCACAUUAGAACUCACUCGAGAAUGCGUCUUUCCUACUUUCUUGUUGUGGCUUUGACCGGUCUGCUGGCCUGCGCAUCAGCUGUGGACUCGGAGAAGACCUUCACGGUGUCACACAACCAAGUGCGAUUUGGCGCUGGCGUCAACAACAACGAACAGCGCUUCCUUAGAGCCUACCCAGAGACUGACGACAGUGAGGUCUCCAAGACUGCCAAAGACGCCAAGACUGCCGAGGAAGAGGAUGACUCCGAAGACAGCGAAGAGGAGAGGUUCUCACUUAUCCAGAUAUCCAACAGGCCCCGCUACUACUGGUGGUUCCGGCAUCAAAUGACUCCUCGUGAUGUUCGUAAGGAACUGGGCCUGAGAAAGAAUUCGAUCAAGCUAGUUAAGCGCUCGAUCUACGCCGGCUACGUCAAGUACUACGACAAGCACUGCACGUACUAUGAUAACCGCGAAAAGGCGUUCUGUAAGGCAAAGGAGUAUUAGUGGAGGAAGAUGAGAGAGCAAUUACCUGUUCCCUAUGUUAUGAGCUGGACAUACCAUACCAUUCCGCCGGUAUAUAUUGGCUUGCUUAGAUAACUCUUUCCUCUUCGAGCGAAGCGAUGUAUUUUGAGUUUAUAAAUCACACAACGACUUGGUUUGUUGUUUGUAAAGCAAGACCGUUUGUUCUGCUCGCGAUUGUUACUAAAGUAC